UAGAUGGUGCUCAUGUAGAGUUAACAAAAGAAUGUUUUCUUCCUGCAGUUUUUCAUAAAUACUAUACAAAGAAACAUUCCUUAAUAUUCCUGUGCAAUAAAAAUUAGUGUUAUGCAUAUAUGCAAUAAAAUAAAGUCUUAAAAGGAAGAAUUAUUUUCUGUUCACGUAAUUUUAGAUACAAAAAUACCUGAGCAAACACACCACUGAUCUCACAAAUCCACCGUGCCGGAGUGUCCGUCCGUUCGCGCAUGCGUGGGCAGUCGGUUUCAUGGAAAGAAUCCCUCAAUCUGGCAAAGGCGUACUAUAUCAUCUAUGGGGGACAUGUGCGUAAGGAAUGGUCAGCGUGGUGAGUCGCCUUGCCAUUAGCAAGUGGAAAGCGUAUUCGUCAUUUCCAGGGAGAGAAUGUAUCGGGUAUAAAGUGAUUGGUUGUUUCCACGACGUGAAGAGAUCCGUCGGUAGGCGGGCAGCCGUAGGGCGGGGACUCUAUUGAUUUAAAUUUGGUUUGCCGGUGUGCGUGUCAAUAGUCAACAUACUGCCGCGAAGAGCGCGCGCUCGAGAGUACCUGCGCUUACACUUGGUCGUGUUGUGUGGACCGAAAGGUUAGGCCCUUCGCAGCACAGUCGAUAGGAUAUGUCGACUAAUACGAGAACGGGAACGCCCGAGGACUUGGAGAAUUUGAAUGGACCCACCCGUUUUCAGAGUGUUAUACCACAGAACAGGCAGGAUUUACUGAAGUGGAAUGGCUGGGGGUAUAAGGACUCCCAAUUUCGGACAAACGAAAAGAAAAUCCUCGAAUUUACUGGUAAUAGAUAUCCAAUUGGUAACAAGGAACUGCCAUACUUCACACAAUGGGUCCAUGACAUUCUUGACGUGGAUAUAGUUAAGAAAAAUGAAUCUCAACCAGUGCCAACGAAUCUGCCAGAAUCAGUUAUAUCAUUAGAAUUAUUAGAGGCGAUUCAGGAAUUGAAAAUUGAUUAUUCCGUGAAAGGUAUUGACCGGCUGAUUAGAGCGCACGGUCACACACUAAGAGACAUUUUUAAUCUGAAAUACGGAACAUUUGCGCGGAUACCAGACAUAGUUGUUUGGCCGAAGUGCCACGAAGACGUUGUUAAAAUCAUUAAAUUAUGUACUCGAUAUGGAUCAGUGUGUAUACCAUUUGGCGGUGGAACAAGUGUGAGUGGUGCAUCGUCUUGUCCAACAAAUGAACAGCGAACGAUAAUUUUGCUCGAUACUUCACAAAUGAAUCGAAUAUUAUGGAUAGAUAGGGAAAAUUUAAUUGCUUGUUGCGAGUCUGGAAUCAUUGGACAGGACCUUGAAAAACAAUUACGUUUGCAAGGUCUAACAUCUGGUCAUGAACCUGAUUCUUAUGAAUUUUCCAGUUUAGGUGGAUGGGUUGCAACAAGGGCAAGUGGUAUGAAAAAGAACCGAUAUGGAAACAUUGAGGACCUAGUUAUACGAGUGAGAAUGGUUACUGGUAGAACGGAAGAUCAUGAAAUAACAUUGGAAAGAGGUCUAUUAGUACCUCGAGCUUCAUGUGGUCCUGACUUUGACCAUGUGAUCCUUGGUAGUGAAGGGACUUUAGGUGUGAUCACAGAAGUAACAUUAAAAGUUAGACCAUUACCAAAAGUAGUUAAAUAUGGUAGUGUAGUUUUCCCAAAUUUUGAAACCGGUGUAGCAGCAUUACGCCAGGUAGCCAAAGAACGAUGCCAACCUGCUAGUAUACGCUUGAUGGACAAUGAACAAUUUCAAUUUGGACAAGUUUUGCGACCAGAAACUGGUUGGGGUAGUUUGAUUUUACAAGGAUUGAAACAAGCCUAUAUUACAAGGAUAAAGGGUUUCAAAUGGGAUCAGAUAUGUGUGGCUACGUUGCUAUUUGAAGGUAGUACGGCAGCUGAAGUGGCGAUGGAAGAACAAAGAAUUUAUAAAAUUGCCAAAGAACACAGCGGAGUGCCGGCAGGGGAAACGAACGGUGAACGUGGUUAUCUCCUAACAUUUGUUAUUGCCUACAUACGGGAUCUUGGUUUGGAAUACUAUGUUUUGGCGGAAUCGUUUGAAACGUCAGUUUCUUGGAAUCGUACGUUAUCGUUGUGUAGAAAUGUGAAAUCGCGCGUGGCUAGAGAGUGUUAUAAGAAUAAAAUUGAACACCAUUUCAUUUCUUGUCGUGUAACACAAACUUAUGACGCCGGGUGUUGUGUAUACUUUUAUAUGGCAUUUAAUUAUCGUAAUCUUAAGAACCCUGUUGAAACGUAUGAAGCCAUUGAACACGCUGCUCGCCAGGAAAUACUUGCAAGUGGUGGUUCUCUGUCUCAUCAUCAUGGUGUCGGUAAAUUACGUUCCUGUUACUACUCGGACGCUGUGGGAGAAGUGGGAGUAUCAUUAUAUCGAGCAGCCAAAGCACAUCUAGACCCACACAACAUAUUUGCAGCUGGAAAUUUAGAUCCAAAAAGUACAUCGAAACUGUGAAUCGAGAACCAACGAAGUGCGCUAUAAUUGUUUGAAACUUACAACAUUCUGGGGAUCAGUUUUAACUUGGGAUAACUAAAAUUCUUCUUAAGAGGAAUCCAGUAAUUAAUAAAGACAAUCGGUACUACGGUUUACCGAGACGUUUCAAUGGUAUAUAAGCGGUGGUAAAGAAAGAGACUAGUAUUAUAAUAUAUAAAUAAAUAUGCACCCUGGUGUUAUUUGGUACAAAUACGGAAUUGUAAUUGUAUCGACGUUUUUAUAAGUUAUUAUAAAUAAACAAGACUCGCUUACUUAUAGUACAUAAUCAAUUAGCAACUUAUUUAUGCGAGUUUCUUUUUUCUUAACAUGUAGUUCUUACAUUGUUUUCCUUUUUUUCUAAAUAGAAGAAUAUUUAUUAUUUUCAGUCCAUGAAUUUAGGGGAAUCCUAUAAUUGCCAUUAUAGAUUCAGUUUUUAAAUAUACAAUUUUGCAGAAUAAUUAUGUUCAGUGAAACAGACUGUUUAAAUUAAAAGCUCACUGGUUAUCAGCCUUUAAUGUGGAUAAAAAUGAGUCAAAAUCGUAUUCGUCAUCAUAUUGUUGUUGCUCCCAUAAUUCAGGAAGAAUUUCUAAGACAGAACGACUAACACCUGGAACUCCGCUAAUUUUAGAUGCAGUCUCUCCUUGUUUGUCUGGCCUCUUUCCCUUGCCAUUGUCUAAUGAGAAUAAAUCCAGUAACUGUAAAGAAAAAAUAUGAACCCCAUU